AUGGCCCCAUCAACAAUUCAAAUCUUCGUGCAUGGUGUGCAAGGAGGCGUAACCACUAUCAACAUUCACAAGGUAAACAUUUCUUAUAAUUUUGCGAGAAAAUGGAUGGGACAGAUUUCGCGAUUUCUAAGAUAAAACGUCGCAGAAAUUUUCCAACAGGUCAGGACAGGUCUUCUGAGGAUCGAGAACACAGGUUCUGUACUCGAAAGUAGAGGAAAAAAUGGUCACCUUUGAUUCGCUUAGUCAGUUUACCUCUGGAUUCUUCAAGAGCAUUUUGUCUUAUUGCCUCGCAGGGAUUCGCCCAGAAGGCGAAAAUUCCGGCGAGUCCACGUGUACACAAAGGAAACCACAAAAAUUAAAAUAAGAAGUAUACCAGCAAACUUGAUCGAUUUGCUUAAACAUUUUGUCGCACGGAAUCGUCGGGUAAAGAUGAAGUAAUUUGAGUAUCAGGCUUUUCUGGGGGGAAAAGGAGAAGAGAAAAGGGCUGAUACUCAAGCAAAGAAACGCCUGCAAGUAUGAAACGAGUGGUGACGUAAAACAGGAAAUGUGCGAAGACUUGACAACCAAGCGAGAGAGUAACAGUAAUCCAGAGGUCGAACAGUAUUAUGGGAAACCGCGCAGGCUGAUUUUGUGACAGUCCGUCCUUAUCACGUACAGUGAUCUUCGAGCUAUUCGCGGGGUUGUAUGCGGUAGUGUACGUACGAUCAUUGACAUUCUGUGGAACAGCUGCUUUGAGGGUGUUACUCUCAAGUAGUUUAAGGCCUGGGUCUAGCAAAUGAUUUAUUGGUUAUGACUUCGGCAUAAUGGAUGGCGUUGAAUUAAAUUUGGCACACAUAAUGAAAUCAUCGUCCUUAACAUUUUAAAGUGUAUAAAUAUCGUGUUGUUAAGACACCUGAUAUGUCAUGUGACCCAUUUUCUGAAAAUUUUAAAUAAUUGACAAAUUGGUGACGAAGAAAUCAAGCAAUAACAUUUUCUCAUUUAUCACGGUAAAAGUGUCCCGGUAACCGCAAUGUAUCCUCUAUCAGAAACGCUAAUUUAUCUAUCCACCAAUAAGGCUACAAUUUCCUUUAUAUAUUAUAAAUUUUUCGUCAAGUGCACAUCACGUGAGCAUAAUUAAACGUUAAGGAACAAGAAGAUCUCAGAUUAAUCUUUUACGUUGAGAUCUUAGCGAGAGACAUUGCCAGUCGAUAAUAUUCUCCGAACACACCUUUGACCCAGUCGACCAGGCCUUUAAACCCCUUAAGUCGAAAAUAAAAUUUCUAUUUUUUUGUCUCACCGUACUCUCUUAUGGCAAAAUAAGCAUCAUGAACUUUCUGGCCGUAAGACAAAGAAGAGAAAAUAUCGUAUUCAUAGUUCAAGACUAAGCUCAAGUCCCUCCAGGCUGAGGAUUGUCUUAAUUGUCAAUUUUUGAUCAAAACUAAUAUGCCUAAGUUGUGAGUUUCUAGUCUUGACCUCUUUUUUAAAAAAUGAACUGGUGUCGUGGAACACGUGCAUAUAAGGAAAAGAUAACUACCUCUGGUGAAAUCGGACAAACGGUCAACUCAUUUGCUAGGUAUGCCCGGCGGAGGGGAGAUCAGGCUGGAGGGGGAUCGGGGGGGGGGGGGGGGGGUCAGUGGAGGGGGAUCAGUGGUGGGCUACAAAAAUGGUCACGGACUCCACCUUAACAUUUAAAGCUCAUCUUUGUAGGAUGCAACCGUGAAGGAAUUUUUAACAAUGGUGUCUGCAAAGACUGAUGGCAUACCAAUCGAUGUAAUGCGAGCUGUCUACACCACAAAACAGCUGGAGAUUGGCAAACGUCUUUCUGACUACGGAAUGCAGAAUGAGUCUAAUGUGUUCUUGAUACUUCGUCUACUGGGUGGCUCAAACCAAUCAAGCAUACCCCCUGUCAAAGAACUGGAUGACGCAGUGGAAUUGACGGAUGCCCCGGAUAUGAUUACGUGGGAUGAUGACCCAGAAAAUAAAAGGGCCAAAAUGCCUUGCGGGCACGCUAUAAGUAAGUGGCUAAUCAGAGCCACGCUUUGUUGAUCCUUGUUCAAUUCCACAAAGCUGGUAUGCGUUCAUGAAAGAGCUGAUAGGCUAGAAAGAAAACCACGACAUUACAUUUUCGUCAUUUAGAGAGUUUAAAGCAUUUGAGCGACCGGUUUGAUGGUAGAGGUGUUGUUAAGUGGCUAUUAAAAUCUUUGGAACAUAUGCUUGAGCCAUCGGCAAACAACAUCGUCAACAGGGCUUUUCCCUUAAGUUCAGCAAUUACAAGGGAGGAGGUGGAAAGAGAAGCGUAAAGAGGAGUUAGUUUUUUUCAUUAAAAAGGGCUUUGGCGAGUACACGGAGUACCAGAGACUUUUCAUGCGCGGUUUCCAUAUUCGGUCAAGCCUUUCGCCACUCGUGGCCUCGGCCUUCAGCUGAAGAUGAGCCGGUCGGCCUGCGGGAACUGAAACAUCCCACCUCAUGAAAAGCCCUGGGGGAGAGGUUGUGGCAAAAGCGACCAGUAAAGGGGGUCCAAAGAAGGGAAACAAGCAGUUUUAUCGCCGGGAGAGCAGGGCAAAAAUGUUGUGAAAGAGAAGAGUGGCGAAUGGAAACUGCCCCCUUUCUCAUCAAACACACUGCAAUAAUUCAAUGCAUUGCUAGAACAAUAUAGCGAUUAAAGAUGAAAGGAUAAUCUUGGGAAGGGAACCUGGAGAAGUAGGACCCCCUUCCUUCCCUUCUAAGCAGACAGUUGAACUGGGUAAAAGAAAAUAAUCAAGACUAUUCCGUUUGUUUUUAGUUGAUCAUCUCUGUGAAAUUUUACCAUAUUUUUGUCAUUAUUGUAUCCCUGCAGCUCCUGAAUCCCUGACUAUAUAUUGCCGCAGCCUCUUAGGUGCAGGUCGGUCGCGAUUUUUUUGUCCUUACAUAAGCCAGGACCAGCCGCCGGUCUAUUGCGGUGCGGAAUGGGACUACAUAGAUGUCAGACGCUUGGCCGUUUUGACAGAUGCUGAAAUUGGGGAGUUUGAGAAGAAGAUUUCCAAGAAUUACUUGAUCAAGGCAAUGGGCAUUCAGGAAUGUCCUAAAUGCAACUCAAUGGUGGAAAGAAGCAACAAAAAACACAUCAGAGUAGUUUGUCCGCUAUGCAGCAAAGAUAAGAAAAAGUCUUACGAUUUCUGCUGGCAUUGUCUACAUGAAUGGUCCAAUGACUCCUGCACUACUAAGUGUGGUAGGUUUCUCACCAUGAGUUAUCAAAUACUCUACUCCUUGUUCGUGUAAAAACUGGAAAAGGGGUGAAGAAUUGAGUUUCAAAAUACAGUGGAACCUUUAUUCAGUUGACACGCUCGGGACCAAGACAAGUGUCCCCAGAAUGGAGGUCGGGCUUUUUUUUUAAUGAUUAUCCAACAAAUAAUUUUUUUUCUCCUAUUCUACCUUGGAAUCUGCUGCAGUCAUAAUUUCAAGCAGCUAGAUAAUGUAUGAAAAAUCAUGAUUAAAUCUCUGCAGUGAUGUGUGUUGAAUUCCCACAAGUACAGUACAUCGGUAUUUUUAAAUUUGUCACCAUUGUGACUAGUGUACACUUAAACUUAUCAACAAGUGGUCAGUCACUUUCUGAUUGUUAAGGUGGCCCCUGAAUGGAGGAUAAAUGUGGGUUUCGGGACCCAGAAAAAGUGUCCCUUUCUUCUGAAUAGAGGUGUCCCUUCAAUAGAGGUAACAAAUACAAAGGUUAUGUGAACAUUUGUAAGGGACCAGAUUUUGUGUUCCCUGAAUGGAGAUUUUCCUUGAAUAGGGGUGUCUCAAAAAAGAGGUGCCACUGUAUAUUAAAUAAAUUUACAUCAAGGUUCCGUCCACCAUUAUUUUCCAAAUAUACUGCCUUACAAGCUGUACUGACAUUUCUCAGUUUACAAAAAAACUGAUUUUUUUACUUCUCUUCCAAGGAAACGAGGAUUGUUCAGGCGAAGACAAACGCCUCAGGAUUCUGCGUAACUGUCAGAGGAAGACCAUCGUGGGAGUUGUGGGCUGCCCCUCUCUCCGCGCAUGCCUAUCUUGCGGCAUGCUUAUUGAGCACGUGGAAGCGUGCAAGCACAUGCACUGUCGAUGUGGCAAAGAAUUCUGUUUUAUUUGUCUGAAGCCGAAAGAAGGUACCUCUUGGUCGUGUGGCAGGUACGACGAAGCUUGCACCGUGGCACCAGUGCAGACCAAGAUCCCUGGAGAGGAUAAUUAACGUCAACAAUCCUCAGAUGUUCAGUUUCAGACCGCAAAGAUGAAAACCAUCACCUUUACAUUAAUUGAUGCGAACUCUAGAGGCCCUUUGAGGCUGAAAAUUCGCGUUGUCAUUUACCGAAGAUAGUCACGUUUUAGUAUCGAGGUAUAAUAUAUAUAUAUAAGCGUUUUGUUUGUGAGGUGCCUUAUACGUAUAUUGCGUGCAAAAGAAUGGUCCGGUCAUGCAGCCGAUCACUGUUGUUUCAUGACUUUUAUGGCAUUGGCUUAUGCCUUAGGGUUGAUAGAUUGUUUUAGAUUUUUAAAAGGAAGCUUGUCCAAGUUGUCACCAUUGUCUAUCGUCGUUUUUGCUGUUGUUGUUGUUUUCAGUU